GAACUAAAAACAGAGUACCCCAAUGCUCCUCUUGUGAUAGGGAACACUGUUCUCGGGCCUGACAUGAAGUUCAAAGGUGUUUUCUAUCCAAUUAUCAUCUCCCCUACAAGGAUCGCAGAAUUGACAGCAAUAUCAAAGACAAAAAGAAGGGCUGAUUCUGGGUGCUGGCCUCAGUCUGGAACAGGUGAAGAACACACUGGCCCAGGCAGUCACCAAGCUCCCGGAGGAGAAGACACGGACAUACCGUGCUAAAACAUCCGCAAACCCUGGCUGGACAACAGAUCAGGAACAUGGCAUCCUUAGGUGGUCAUAUUGUUAGCAGACAGUCAAUCUCUGAUCUCAACCCCAUGUUGGGGGUAGGCAAAUGCAGUCUCAACGUUGCUUCUAAAGAAAGAACGCAGCAAAUUCUAUUAAAUGAUCAUUUUCUGUCUGGAGCAACAAAUGCAAGUCUGAAGCCAGACCAAGUCCUAGUUUCUAUUUGCAUUCCAGUCUCUGAGAAGUGGGAGUUUGUGUCAGCUUUCAGACAAGCUCCCUGUAAACAAAAUGCCCUUGCAGUUGUAAACACGGGGAUGAGAGUCCUUUUCAAAGAGGACACAACCACCAUUGUGGACCUUAACAUCUUGUAUGGAGGAGUUGGCCCUACAACAGUCAGUGCAAACAAAUCCUGCCAACAGCUAAUCGGAAGAUUCUGGGAUGAAGGAAUGUUGAAUGAUGCUUGCAGACUGGUUCUAGAAGAAAUCACCCUUCCCCCAUCCGCCCCUGGAGGAAUGAUGGAAUAUCAAAGGACUCUCACCAUCAGUUUCCUCUUCAAAUUCUACUUGGAUGUUUUGCAGCAGUUGAAGAUGAGGGACCCCCGUGGAUAUCCUGGUCUCGCUAAAACAGACUUCAGCAUCCUAGAAGACUUUCCUUUGGGCAUUCCCCAGGGGAUGCAAUCAUUCGAGUGUGUAGAUCCCCAGCAGCCCCCUGAGGACCCAGUGGGCCGUCCCAUCAUGCAUCAGUCUGGCAUUAAACAUGCCACAGGAGAAUCUGUAUUUUGUGAUGACAUGCCUGCUUUGGCAGAGGAACUCUUCCUGGCUGUGGUAACCAGCACCAAGCCACAUGCUAGAAUCAUUUCCAUUGAUGCCUCUGUGGCCCUGACAUUGCCCAGGGUGGCUGAUGUGAUAACUGCUCAAGAUGUUCCUGGUGACAAUGGUAGUGAAGAAGAAAGGUUGUACGCGCAGGAUGAGGUGAUUUGUGUGGGGCAGAUUGUCUGUGCUGUGGCUGCCGAUUCAUAUGCCCGUGCAAAGUGGGCCACAAAACAAGUAAAAAUUGUGUACCAAGACUUGGAGCCUGUCAUUGUGACCAUUCAGGAUGCAAUACAACACCAGUCAUUCAUUGGACCUGAGAAAAAACUAGAACAAGGAAAUGUUGAAGAGGUGUUUCAGUGUGUUGAUCAAAUCAUUGAAGGGGAAGUGCAGCUUGGAGGACAGGAACAUUUUUAUAUGGAAACUCAGAGUGUCUGUGUGGUACCCAAGGAAGAGGAUAAGGAAAUAGACAUUUAUGUGUCAAGCCAGGAUGCAGCAUUUACCCAGGAAAUGGUGGCUUGUACCUUGAGCAUUCCAAAGAACAGGAUCAAUUGCCAUGUGAAAAGAGUUGGCGGUGUCUUCGGAGGAAAAGCAAGCAAGUCUGGACAACUGGCAGCAGUGGCAGCUGUGACAGCACACAAAACUGGCUGCCCAGUUUGCUUUAUUCUAGAGUGUGGGGAUGACAUGUUGAUAACCAGUGGUCGCCACCCACUGCUGGGGAAAUACAAGAUUGGCUUUAUGAACAAUGGAAAAAUUGAGGCUGCAGACGUAGAAUAUCACAUCAAUGGAGGCUGCACACCAGAUGACUCUGAACUGGUAAUAGAAUAUGCCUUGCUCAAAUUGGAAAAUGCUUAUAAGAUCCCAAACCUGCAAGUGCGAGGCCGAGCUUGCAAGACCAAUUUACCAUCCAACACAGCCUUCAGAGGGUUUGGUUUUCCACAAGGAGCAUUUGUAACAGAGACCUGGAUAACAGCAGUAGCAUCUAAAUGCUACUUGCCACCAGAGAUGGUUAGAGAGUUAAACAUGUACAAAACAAUUGAUAAGGCAAUUCACAAGCAAGAAUUUGAUCCGAAGAACCUUAUAAGAUGCUGGGACAAAUGCAUGGAAAAUUCUUCAUACUCAAAUAGAAGAAAAGCUGUAGAAGAAUUUAACCAACAGAGUUUUUGGAAGAAGAGAGGAAUCUCCAUUAUCCCCAUGAAAUUCUCAGUUGGAUACCCAAAGACAUUUUAUUAUCAAGCUGCUGCUCUGGUUCACAUAUACACAGAUGGGUCUGUAUUCAUUGCUCAUGGUGGAGUUGAAUUGGGACAAGGUAUCGACACCAAAAUGAUGCAGGUGGCCAGCCACGAGUUUCAGAUCCCCAUGUCUCGCAUACACGUGGGUGAGAUGAACACCAUGACUGUGCCCAACACAAUCGCCACGGCAGCCUCCACUGGGGCAGAUGUCAAUGGAAAGGUUGUGCAGAAUGCCUGUCAGACUCUCAUGAAACGCCUGGAACCCAUCGUCAGCCAGAACCCUAAAGGCACCUGGAAAGAGUGGGUCAAUGAAGCUUUUACACAAAGUAUUAGUCUCUCUGCCACUGGAUAUUUUAGGGGCUAUGAAGCUCAUAUGGACUGGGAGAAGGGAGAAGGUGACAUUUAUCCUUACUUUGUUUUUGGAGCUGCUUGUUCAGAAGUUGAAAUUGACUGUCUGACAGGUGCUCACAAGAACAUUAGAACUGACAUUGUAAUGGAUUCUUCUUUGAGUAUAAAUCCUGCUGUGGAUAUAGGACAGAUUGAAGGGGCCUUUGUUCAAGGUCUUGGACUUUAUACCCUGGAGGAGCUGAAAUGUUCUCCAGAGGGAGUCCUCUAUACUCGUGGUCCAACACAGUAUAAGAUCCCUUCAGUCACUGACAUCCCAGAGGAACUCCAUGUGUCCCUGCUGACAACAACCCAAAAUCCAAAAGUAAUCUACUCCUCCAAGGGUCUAGGCGAGUCGGGAAUGUUUCUGGGGUCUUCAGUGUUUUUCACCAUAGCUGAUGCUGUGGCAGCAGCUUGCAGGGAGAGGGGCCUGGCCCCACUUUUGGCCAUGAACAGCCCAGCCACACCAGAACAGAUUAGAAUGGCCUGUGUGAAUCAGUUUACAGAGCUGGUCAUAGAGAAGAAUGCUGAUCCAGAAGUCAAUCUACUGAUCUACCUGAGGGACGUCUUACAUCUCACAGGCACUAAAUAUGCCUGUGGGGGAGGCGGCUGUGGCGCCUGCACAGUGAUGCUCUCGAGGUACAACCCCAAGACCAAGAAGAUCCAUCACUACCCAGCAACAGCCUGCCUGGUGCCUAUCUGCUCUCUGCACGGGGCUGCUGUCACCACCGUGGAAGGUGUAGGAAGCAUCAAAACCAGAAUUCAUCCUGUGCAGGAACGACUUGCCAAGUGUCAUGGCACACAGUGUGGAUUCUGCAGCCCGGGAAUGGUGAUGUCCAUCUACACACUGCUCAGGAACCACCCAGAGCCUACACCUGAACAGAUCACCGAAGCUCUUGGAGGUAAUUUGUGCCGAUGUACUGGAUACCGACCCAUUGUGGAAAGUGGAAAAACGUUCUGUAAGGAAUCAACUCUUUGUCAACUGAAAGGAUCAGGAAAAUGUUGCAUGGAUCAAGAUAAAGAAUCUCUGGUGAGCAGACAGGAAAAAAUAUGUACCAAACUGUAUAAUGAAGCUGAAUUCCAGCCCUUGGAUCCAUCCCAGGAGCCAAUAUUCCCUCCUGAACUGAUAAGAAUGGCAGAAGAUCCAAAUAAAAGAAGACUGACAUUCCAAGGUGAAAGGACUACCUGGAUUACCCCUGUGACCUUGGAUGACCUUCUAGAGCUGACAGCCAGUUUCCCUAAAGCUCCACUCAUCAUGGGGAACACUACAGUGGGACCCAACAUGAAAUUUGAAGAUGAAUUUCAUCCAGUUUUUCUAUCUCCACUUGGGCUUCCAGAACUGUAUUUUGUAAACACCACAGAUGAUGGGGUGACAAUAGGAGCAGGUUGCAGCCUGGCCCAGCUGAAUGACAUCUUACAUUUCAUUGUUUCGGAGCAACCACAGGAGAAGACCAAGACCCAUCAUGCUCUCCUGAAGCAUCUGAGGACUCUUGCAGGGGCCCAGAUUAGGAAUAUGGCUACUUUAGGAGGGCAUGUGGUGAGUCGGCCUAAUUUUUCUGACCUAAAUCCCAUUUUAGCAGCAGGAAAUGCAAUCAUCAAUCUGGUAUCAAAAGAAGGAGACCGGCAGAUUCCUUUAAAUGGCCCUUUCCUUGAGGGAUCACCUGAGGCCAACCUGAGACCAGGCGAGGUGGUUUUGUCCAUUUAUAUUCCUCACUCUUCUCAGUGGCACUUUGUGUCAGGGCUCCGGAUGGCUCAGCGCCAAGAAAACGCCUUUGCCAUAGUCAAUGCUGGCAUGAGCGUGAUGUUUGAAGAUGGCACAAACAUCAUCAAGGACCUUCAAAUAUUCUAUGGAAAUGUGGGCCCCACUGUUGUGUCUGCAAGCUACACCUGCAGCCAGCUCAUUGCAAGGCAAUGGGAUGACCAAAUGCUGAGUGAUGCAUGUCGAUGGGUGCUGGAGGAGAUUCAGAUCCCACCCACAGCCAAGGGCGGCAUGGUGGAAUUCCGGCGCACCCUCAUCAUCAGCUUACUCUUCAAGUUCUACCUCCAAGUGCGUCAAGGACUGAAUGAAAUGGAUCCUCACAAAUUCCCUGAUAUCCCAGGAAAGUUUGUGAGUGCUCUAGACGAUUUCCCCAUAGAAACACCUCAAGGAAUUCAGAUGUUCCAGUGUGUGGAUCCUCAUCAAUCCUCACAAGAUCCAGUUGGACAUCCAGUCAUGCACCAGUCAGCCAUUAAACACACCACAGGGGAAGCUGUGUUUGUUGAUGACAUUCCACCCAUCAGCCAAGAGCUCUUCCUGGCGGUGGUCACCAGCACCAAGGCUCAUGCGAAGAUCAUAUCAAUUGAUACUUCAGAAGCCAUGUCACUUCCAGGUGUGGUUGAUGUGAUCAUGGCAGAGGAUGUCCCAGGGGAUAAUAACCAUAAGGGGGAGAUUUUAUAUGCACAGCAUCAGGUAAUUUGCGUGGGUCAGAUCGUCUGCACUGUGGCUGCAGAUACUUACGCACAUGCAAAAGAGGCAGCCAAAAGAGUGAAGAUUGCCUAUGAAGACAUGGAGCCGAAGAUCAUCACCAUAGAGCAAGCCCUAAAGCAUAAUUCCUUUCUAUCUGAUGAGAGAAAAAUUGAGCAAGGAAAUGUAGAUCAUGCAUUAAAACAUGUGGAUCAAAUCAUUGAAGGUGAGGUACAUGUAGAGGGACAGGAACAUUUCUACAUGGAAACACAAACUAUCCUGGCUAUCCCCAAAGCAGAAGACAAAGAAAUGGUGUUACACCUUGGGACACAGUUUCCAACCCAUGUUCAGGAGUACGUGUCUGCAGCACUGAAGAUCCCCAGGAGUAGAAUUGCCUGCCACAUGAAAAGAGCUGGAGGAGCAUUUGGAGGGAAAGUGACCAAGCCUGCUCUGCUGGGAGCCGUCAGUGCCGUGGCAGCCCACAAGACUGGCCGCCCAAUCCGCUUCAUCCUAGAACGUGGUGAUGACAUGCUGAUAACCGCUGGCCGCCACCCACUCCUGGGAAAAUACAAAAUCGGGUUCAUGAACAAUGGAGAGAUCAAAGCUGCUGAUAUUGAGUACUACAUCAAUGGUGGCUGCACACCUGAUGAAUCAGACUUGGUGAUGCAGUUUAUUGUGCUGAAAUCUGAAAAUUGUUACAGUAUUCCUAAUUUCCGCUGCCGAGGCAGGGCUUGCAAAACCAAUCUGCCAUCCAACACGGCCUUUCGAGGAUUUGGCUUCCCUCAAGCCACAGUAGUGGUCGAAGCUUACAUAACUGCUGUGGCAGCACGGUGUAACCUACCCCCAGAAGAGGUCAGAGAAAUAAACAUGUAUAAGAAACCUAGCAAAACAUCCUACAAUCAGACAUUUAAUCCAGAGCCCCUGAGAAGAUGCUGGAAAGAUUGUCUGGAGAAAUCUUCAUUUUAUGCUAGGAAACAGGCUGCAGAGGAAUUUAACAAGAAGAAUUACUGGAAGAAGAGGGGGCUUGCAAUCAUUCCCAUGAAGUAUACCAUUGGGCUUCCCGUGGCCUUCUAUAAUCAGGCAGCAGCUCUAGUCCACAUCUAUUUGGAUGGCUCUGUCUUGCUGACUCAUGGUGGCUGUGAGCUGGGACAAGGCCUGCACACCAAAAUGAUUCAGGUGGCGAGUCGAGAACUGAACAUCCCCUCAUCGUACAUACACCUGUCGGAAACCAACACCACCACCGUGCCCAAUGCCGUGUUCACAGCGGGCUCCAUGGGGACCGACAUCAAUGGGAGGGCUGUGCAGGAUGCCUGCAAGAUUCUUAAGGACCGUCUUCAGCCCAUCAUCAGGAAAAAUCCUAAAGGAAAAUGGGAGGAAUGGAUUGCAAAAGCCUUUCAAGAAUCCAUCAGCCUCUCAGCUACUGGAUAUUUCAAGGGCUAUCAGACAUACAUGGACUGGGAGAAGGAGGAAGGCAACCCGUACCCCUAUUUCGUUUAUGGAGCCUCCUGUUCUGAGGUUGAGGUGGACUGUCUGACUGGGGCUCAUAAGCACCUCAGGACUGACAUCUUCAUGGAUGCUGCUUUUAGCAUAAACCCAGCCCUGGACAUUGGACAGAUUGAGGGAGCAUUUAUCCAAGGCAUGGGGUUUUAUACCAUAGAAGAACUGAAGUACUCCCCAGAAGGUGUACUUUACUCUCGGGGUCCAGAUGACUACAAAAUCCCCACCGUCACUGAGAUACCAGAAGAAUUCUAUGUCACUUUGGUGCACUCAAGAAAUCCUAUAGCCAUCUACUCAUCCAAGGGAUUGGGUGAGGCUGGAAUGUUCUUAGGAUCCUCUGUAUUGUUCGCCAUAUAUGAUGCAGUGACCGCUGCCCGCGGAGAGAGGGGCCUGGACAAGACCUUUCCCCUGAGCAGCCCAGCAACUCCUGAACUGAUCCGCAUGGCUUGUGUGGAUCAGUUUACUAACAUGAUUCCCAGAGAUGACCCUUCAACAUUUAUUCCUUGGUCCAUCCAUGUGUCGUAGUCCUGUGUUUUUUAGAAAAUGAAAGAAGACAGGACUAGCAUUAAAAGUCUCAAACAAGACCAAAUAUAGGUUGGCUCCCAAUUAUCAAUGAUAAAGUCAUUUUUAAUUGUUCUAUGUGGCAUAGGUUACUGUAUAACCAUAUUUUAGAAUGUAAAUUUUUACUGAACAAUAUAAUAAAACUUUGGAUCUGAAAUUCUAAUUUUAGUUUGCCUAAAACCUACAUCCUCAUGAUUUUUUUAAAUGGUACAGUUUCCCAUUUCCUGAAACAAGUCAAGAGCCUACUUGUACUUUGUUCUCUAGAGAUUUGCUCAAAGUUCAGUGAAAUUGUCCACCCUCAAAACUCUCUAGAUUCAUUCUCUCAAAACCCCCAAUAUUGCUUACAAUGAUUGACUUGCCUGGAAAAAAUCCCCAACUGACAGUGCUUGCCAAUUCUCAUGGCAUAAGUGUCCCCACACUGGCAAAAUCCAAGGCACUCACUACUUUGAGGAUGCUGAACACGAGUUAGGGAGGGAUGCUUACAGUCCGCUCUGUAAGAGCUGCCUCCAGUACAGCAAUCCACCACAGCCUUGACACUCCUGGUCCAGCAAUUCAUUAAGAAAGGGUUUAGGAAGUAAGCAUCUGCUACAGUUCAGAUAGGGUUUGUUCUCAGAGGGUUAUAUGCCGGAGGCUGGGUCUCUAGUCUGUCAGAGGUAGGGUCUAGUGAGAUAACGGAGGCAUGACCACUCUUGUCAAGGGAUUGAUGCUGGUCUCAGAGUGGAUCUGGUUUUACAGAAAUGGACUUGUUCUCCCAAGCGUUGGUUCUUAUAAAAGUGUGAGCCUGGUUCCUACUCUUCUCUUGGUCCCUUGCACAUACUUCCAGUACGUGAUGCUAUCAUCCUUGCUGGGAUGCCGCAGAGGCCUCAUUGAGUACAGUCAUCUGACCUAGCCUUCUGUAUUGGGAGCUAAAAUAAACCUCUUUCCUCUU